AUGGCAACCGUCGUCCCCCCGCCUUCAAAAAGACAGAGGCGUGAAGACCUUGAAAGGUCUAGGCUACAGCAAGAUGUCAACGCAGCCAUGGCCGGGCCGGAAGGCUCAUUCAAGGCUAGAUUUCUGGACAGUGAUGGGAACCAGGUCUGCGACGUAGUUGAAGUGCCUCUUGCGGAUGCUUCAGAAAAGAACCUCUCACUCCUUUUGAACACCUUGUUAGCGAGGGAACGAGAAGAAUAUUUGCCGUAUCGAUUUCGAAUUCACAUUCCAGAUUCCGACAUCAUAGUCGACCAGUACCCCAAAGAUUUGCUUCAGCUCCUUAGGAGUCAUAGCAUCGAGAACCCUUUCGAGACAACCGUCACCCUCACCGCCGAGCCCCAAUCAGUCUUCAAAGUUCAUGCUGUCACACGCAUGUCGCAUAGAAUUCCAGGCCAUGGAGAAGCGAUUCUGACAGCUCAAUUCAGUCCGGCGACCAAUACUCGUCUGGCUACAGGGUCUGGCGAUAAGACUGCUAGAAUAUGGGACACUGAGACUGGAACUCCAAAGUACACAUUGUCCGGCCAUACACAUUGGGUGCUCUGCGUCGCAUGGUCGCCUGACGGUAAACGACUGGCUACUGGAAGUAUGGACAAGUCUGUCAGACUUUGGGAUCCCUCGACAGGGAAAGCGAUGGGAGGCCCUCUCACUGGACAUGCCAAAUGGAUCACCAAUAUUGCGUGGGAGCCUUUUCACCUGUGGAAAGAUGGCACACCGCGGCUGGCCAGCGCGAGCAAAGACACAACAGUGAGGGUUUGGGUAGUCAAUACGGGAAGAACCGAGCAUGUUCUCUCGGGACAUAAAAGCUCCGUCAGCUGCAUUCGUUGGGGCGGGACGGGCCUCAUAUACACCGGAAGCCAUGACAAGAUGGUGCGAGUCUGGGAUGCGGCAAAGGGAACAUUACUGCAUACCUUGUCAUCGCAUGCUCACUGGAUCAAUCAUUUGGCACUUUCAACAGAUUUUGCCUUGAGAACGGGCUAUUUCGAUCACGAGCCAACGCCGAGCACGGAGGAGGGCAAAAUAGCGAAAGCCAAGGAGCGUUUCGAGAAGGCAGCUAAAAUUCACGGGCGUGUGUCUGAGCGCCUAGUAUCCGCCAGUGAUGAUUUCACGAUGUAUCUGUGGGAGCCUUCUCAAGGUAGUAAGCCGGUUGCUCGAAUGGUCGGCCAUCAGAAGCAAAUCAACCAUGUCACGUUCUCUCCCGACAACACCUUAAUCGCUAGCGCAGGCUGGGACAACCAUACAAAACUCUGGAGUGCAAGAGACGGCAAAUUCAUCAACACUCUUCGUGGGCAUGUAGCUACAGUUUAUCAGUGCUCGUUUUCCGCUGAUUCUCGGUUAUUGGUUACGGCAUCUAAGGACACAACCCUCAAGGUUUGGUCAAUGGCGUCCUUCAAGCUGGCGGUCGACCUUCCCGGUCAUAAUGAUGAGGUAUACGCCGUAGACUGGGCACCAGAUGGCAAGCGUGUUGCCAGUGGAGGCAAGGAUAAGGCGGUACGGUUAUGGACAAACUAG